AUGGCGGGGGAUAUCAACAUCAACAAAGCUGCAAUACAACCCUGGACAGCCCUUCCAUCAUCAUCAUGGCGGCUCCAACCAAAGUACUCCAAUUUAUCACUGAGUGCAUCUGAAAGAGACGGUAAAGACGAUGCGCCCAGUAGAUUGAAAACCAGAUCGAAAACGUCCCUCGACUUACCGGGUGCACCGCGUCGGGAUCAUCAGGAGGGCGAAGAAUGGAUCAAGGGCGCUUUGUUCUGUACCUGGGGAGCAGGUAUAAUCCUUGCCCUGAACUUCAUCAUGGCAAUUGUGGCAACGGGGAUCGGCUACUCUAAACCGUCGAACAAGGGACACUUCGAGUCAAUCGCCUUGUACGAUGGGAACUGUUCGCUUUCAAGCCACUGGGCGACGGGAUUGCAUUUGGUUAUCAACGUACUCAGCACGCUGCUACUGGCAGCCAGCAACUAUGUCAUGCAGUGCUUGGGCGCCCCGUCGCGUUCCGACGUCGAUCAGGCCCACAAGCAACGGAAAUGGCUUGAUAUUGGCACCUUCAGCAUGCGGAACUUCGCCAUCAUGGACGGGCGGCGAAAGAUCCUGUGGACUCUUCUGCUAAUAAGUUCAACCCCAAUCCAUAUGAUAUACAAUUCGGUAGUUUUUUCCUCCAUCUCCACUCUUGACUAUGUGACGGUUUUGAUCCCCGAGGACUUGGCAUCCAGUGAGUCCUUGGCGUCCAGUGAACGAUUGGCUGGAGGCGAGAAUGCGGCAGAUAGCUUCACUCAGGUGGUUGGCACCAGCCCCAUUCAUCUUCAGGCCGAGAUCUUCAACGGCACCUUUCAAAACACGAGCGUCCAGGACUGUAUGGACAAGUAUAACGCGGAGUUUAAUACUCAACUUGGAACCCUCAUCUUCACUGUCGACCGGCGCUAUUUUCAUAACACCAGCAGUCUCCUCGGCUCGAUCGGCGACACAGUAAGCUCAAAUACUCCGAUAUACACUUAUCUACAGUCCUUGGGAAACAAUAAUGGACAGUCCACUGCGCACAAAGCGAUAAAUGAUGGUAACGUGACGGUACACGGCCUUCAUUGGGCAUACCGUCCUUGGAACUUCUCAAUGCCAGACCCUUUACCGGAGUCGAACACCUACAACUUCACUCUCAAUACGACGGCUUUUUUGUAUAACUCUGAUAAAUAUAGCGAUACCUUGAACCACGACAUCAGUGUGCUCACCGCUUAUCUGACCAUGUACAACCCUGACCAGCAGUCCCUGGGUACAUUUCUGGCUACCCCUUCUCAUUGGGCGAAUAGCUCUUGGGCAGCAAAUAUCACGUUUGAGCUGGAUAACCGGCCAGUCUAUCCACAAACGGUAUAUGCAAACACUAUAGGUCAUGUCACACAGCUUCCUCUUUCCGGCUGCAUGACCAAAGGCAAAGACCAACGUUGUCAAUUAUUUUUUAGUCCACCUAUCGCCAUAGCGGUAAUUGUCUCUAAUGUGAUCAAGGUGGUCUGCAUGUAUCUUACUGCCCGGACUAGCAGGAAGAACAUUCUCUUGACCGUCGGUGACGCCCUCUCCUCGUUUUUGACGUCACCAGACCCAACUACAGAAGGCCAAUGUCUCGUAUCGCGGGCAGACAUAUCUUGUGGUCAAACAUCGUGGACUGCAAUGACGAUCUGGUCGAGACUUAAUCAAUCCAAGGGAUACCGUCAGCAGGAGUCUGUGGGGAGUACAGCAGACAUUCCCUUGAUAGAUACUCUCUCCAGAACGAAUACUCCUUUUAUGGAUUGUCCCAAGAUGCUCCCAGACAAGAUGCGAUGGUAUCAAGCUGCUAGUGCCAAGCGCUGGACAGCUACUCUCGCCUUGGCAUGGACACUCGGAUUUGGAAAGGCCAGCGGACAGACCAUGGUCCAGGCUCCUGGUAUCUCGACAGCCAUGAUCUCACUAGUACUGCUGAGCAACACGCCCCAGAUGGUGCUUUCUAUCCUCUACUUCCUCUGCAACAGCCUCAUGACCUGCAUGCUGAUUGCCGACGAGUACGACGACUACGCCACACAGCGCAAACCUUUACGCGUCUCCUGGCCCAAGGGCCAACAGCGCUCAACAUAUUACCUUAGCCUGCCCUAUCGCUACAGCGCCCCGCUAAUCUUAUUCUCCGUCAUGAUGCACUGGCUCCUGUCGCAGAGCAUCUUCUUCGUCAACAUCCAGUCUUAUGACGUACACGAUAAAUUGUCCACAUUUAGGUCCAGUCGCGGCUGCGGCUAUUCACCCAUUUCUAUCUUCAUUGGACUUCUCGUCUCUUCUGUCGCUAUCUUGGCUCUCCUGGGGCUGAGCUGCCGACGGCUGAAGUCCCGCAUGCCACUGGCGACGCAUUGUAGUGCCGCCAUCAGCGCCGCUUGUCAUCCCCCACCGGAUGAUCACGACGCCGCUCUGAAGCCGGUGAUGUGGGGAGAAGUACCGCGAGAUAUGUCCGAUGGGCCGGACGGAGAUCGCUCAACAGCGUAUACUGGAGCUGGUCCGGUUUCGUUGGAGGUCUAUGCUCACUGCACUUUCACGUCGAAGGAGGUCGUUACCCCGAACCCGGUUCGUCUGUAUCGUUGA